ACUCCCUUCAUCCUCUUCGUGCCAUCGUCGCCGUUGCCACUGCUGAGCUGUCCAUAUUUUAUCGGCCAGCAAUGCAUAGAAUUGCGCUCAGAAAUGUUUCUGUGCUGGCCGCCAGGUCUGCGGCACCAAAGAGCGCCGCUUCUUUAGCUGCCGCACGCUCGUAUGCAACUGCUAAGCCCGCUGCGUCCGAGGUCUCCUCAAUCCUCGAAUCACGGAUAGCUGGUACUUCUCUUGGUGGUGACGUGCAAGAGACUGGACGUGUUCUUACCAUUGGUGACGGUAUCGCACGUGUCUACGGUCUUAAGAAUGUCCAAGCCGAGGAAAUGGUGGAAUUCUCGUCAGGUGUUCGCGGGAUGUGCUUGAACUUGGAGGCCGACAACGUUGGUGUGUCCAUCUUCGGUAGUGACCGUCUCAUCAAGGAAGGCGACACCGUCAAGCGUACUGGGCAGAUUGUCGAUGUCCCCGUCGGACCCAAAUUGCUCGGUCGUGUCGUCGAUGCUCUCGGUAACCCCAUCGACGGAAAGGGCCCCAUUGAGGCUGCUGAACGUCGCCGUGCGUCAGUCAAGGCACCGGGCAUUUUGCCUCGUCGUUCCGUCAACCAGCCGAUGAUGACUGGUCUUAAGCCCAUCGAUGCCAUGGUGCCCAUUGGUCGUGGUCAGCGUGAACUGAUCAUUGGUGACCGUCAGACGGGUAAGACUGCCGUCGCUAUCGACACUAUCCUCAACCAGAAGCGUUGGAACGACGGUAACGACGAGACCCAGAAGCUCUACUGUGUCUACGUCGCUGUCGGCCAAAAGCGUUCGACUGUUGCGCAGCUCGUCAAGACGCUUGAAGAGAAUGACGCCAUGAAGUACUCUAUCAUCGUCGCUGCCACCGCCUCUGAGGCUGCUCCGCUUCAGUACCUCGCCCCCUUCUCUGGCUGUGCCAUGGGUGAAUGGUUCCGUGAUAACGGCAAGCAUGCUCUGAUUAUCUAUGACGAUUUGUCGAAACAGGCCGUCGCUUACCGUCAAAUGUCCUUGCUCCUCCGUCGUCCUCCUGGUCGUGAGGCUUACCCUGGUGAUGUCUUCUACCUUCACUCACGUCUCCUUGAGCGUGCCGCGAAGAUGAACGACAAGUUCGGUGGUGGAUCAUUGACCGCUUUGCCUAUCAUUGAGACCCAGGGUGGUGAUGUGUCGGCGUACAUCCCAACCAACGUCAUUUCCAUCACUGAUGGUCAGAUCUUCUUGGAGGCUGAGCUCUUCUUCCGUGGUGUCCGCCCUGCUAUCAACGUCGGUCUUUCUGUAUCGCGUGUCGGUUCCGCUGCACAGACCAAGAUCAUGAAGAAGUUCGCUGGUUCUCUUAAGUUAUAUCUUGCCCAAUACCGUGAAGUCGCAGCUUUCGCUCAAUUCGGUUCCGAUCUCGAUGCCUCGACUCGUUACUUGCUCAACCGUGGUGCCCGUCUCACUGAACUCCUCAAGCAGGGCCAAUACCAGCCUCUCCCAACUGAGGUUCAGGUUCCCAUUAUCUACGCCGGUGUCAACGGUCUUCUCGACCCCAUUCCCGUAGACCAGAUCACUCGCUGGGAAUCUGAAUUCCGGUCAUACUUGACAAGCAGCCAGACUGCAUUGCUCGAGGACAUCGCAAAGGGUACGGUCAGCGCAGAGCUUGAGGAGAAGAUCAAGAAGGUUGUCGAAGACCACGUCUCCUCAUUCACUUCUUAAUUCGCGUCCUCUCUUCUCCCUGAGCGUCCCGUGCGGAUUCGGACGUGCAAUAAAACGUUGAAUUGCGUGGCGUAAAUAUUUGUUCCUUUGUGUCCACGUAUAAAUAGGAACAAGCAAAAUAGAAGAGGGCAACCUUUUUCACUUUCAAAUUCGCUCAGUCAGACAUCUGAGAACCGCACGUGUGCUUGAUCAUCGUCGUCUUCGAUAUUCACCGGGACAUUUGUGAAAAUUUGCAAUGAUCUGGACGUUAACCUGCUCUUCCAAUCGCUAUCAAGUGCUCGAUAUAUAUCACAAUCAAGGUUCUCCAAACAUGCUCAGUAAAACUUAGCGGCAGGUGAACCGUCAGCUGAUAGGCAGCUAAAUUGUCGAUGCACUGGCGUGGGCUCCCAGGACGCGAUUAAUGCAAGCCUUGACAUUUCGAAGCCGACGAAGACCGGCAUCCUGAACCUAACUUUUCCAGAGCCUGUCCUCGUGCGAGGGCGAGGAGUUAUUUGUGCCACAAUGUUCUUGAUACUCCACGGUUCUAAUUCAGUCCUAAAGCCGUCUUCGGCGCGUGGUGUUUGCCUUCAAGUUCACAGAUAUAGAGAGACUGAAGCUCUCCUCAUGACUGACUGAUAGUGCGCCCUUACCGCAUAUCUCAAGAUGCAAGACGAUAUCGAUAUCAAGCCUAUUUUCAAGACGAUGAAGUCUGAAGAUGAUACCGACAAGCCUCAAAUCGAGGUGCAGCUGGAAGAAGUAGAAAUAUCGCCUUGCAAAAGCGAUAAGUCAGCGUCCAUAGAGGACGCUACUGUUGCUGCCAUAGACGAGAAACGACUUGUACGGAAGAUUGACUUUGCUCUGAUCCCUUGGCUCGGUGUUUUGUAUUUGCUCUGUUUUCUCGAUAGAGCGGGCAUCGGGAAUGCACGACUAUACGGGAUGGAAGCCGACUUGCAUAUUACAGAUACCCAAUAUCUCCUCUGCUUGUCUAUUUUCUUUGUGACGUACUGGUUCUUCGAGGCGCCUGCAAACAUGUGUUUGAAACGCUUGAAGCCUUCGACGUGGCUUUCAUCAACGAUGGUGGCUUGGGGUAUUGUGAUGACUGUCCAAGGCCUGGUGCAUAACUUUGGAGGCCUCUUUGCAAUCCGAACUUUACUUGGGGUAGCCGAAGCUGGAUUCUAUCCUGGAUCGGCGUACAUCAUGUCCUGCUGGUACAAACGAAAUGAAGUCGGCUUUCGACUUGCGAUAUUCAACUCUGCAGUUACGUUCGCGGGUGCUUUCGGUGGUCUUCUAGCCGCGGCUAUAUCAAACAUGGAGGGUGUCGGUGGGAAGCCUGCAUGGGCCUGGAUCUUCAUAGUCGAAGGCCUUAUCACCGUCAUCUGCGGCCUCGCAUCUUUCUUCCUAGUCCAAGACUGGCCCGACGCCGCUCGUUUCCUAACCGAGGAAGAACGCGCAUACGUUAUUCGCCGUCUGCAAACAGACGAUCAGUUCUCUGCCUCGGGGGAGAAACUGCAUUGGCGGAACGCCCGUAAGAGCUUUACGGAUUGGAAGACGUGGGUGGGCGCGUCGGUUAUAAUAGGUACGGAUGGACCGCUAUAUGCGUUCUCGUUGUUCCUUCCUAGUAUAAUUGCGGAGCUCGGUUUCACUGCAACGGCAGCGAACUUACUCACCGUUCCUGUGUAUUUCAUCGCAUGUGUCUUCACUGCCGUUAUCGGCUACAUGGCUGACAGAAAGGGAAGACGUGGUUACUUCGCUAUUGCAUUGGCUUUAACUGCCUUGACGGGAUAUUUAAUUCUGAUAUUCUCAAGGCACCCAGGGCUGUCAUACUUCGCGACGUUCAUAGCUGCAUGUGGGAUUUUCCCAUCUAUACCUAACGCUGUAUCAUGGGUUGCGAAUAACUUCGAGGGCUCCUACAAACGCAGUGUCUCGAUGGCAAUAGCGAUUGGCUUUGGUAAUUUGACGGGAUCCAUAAGUUCCAAUACUUACCGCGCCCGAGACACGCCCUGGUACACACUAGGCCACGGCGUCACCAUCGGCUUCAUCGUCUUCGGCCUCAUAGGCUCGACAGCCUUCCAUACACUACUUCGUAGAGAGAACGCACGGCGUGAUCGUGGGGAACGUGAUGAAGUUAUCGGUGACCCGAAGAGUAGUAGAGGCGAUGUGCGAAAUGGGUACUUCGAGACUGUUGAAGAUGCGAGGAGAGAGAAAGGGGACCAGUGGAGUGGGUACAGAUAUAUUACGUGAAGUACAUAUGAAGGCGGGGAAAUUGGCACUGAAAACAACAACGUUAUGUAUAAAUAUCC